AUGGCGGUGAGAUUCCAGGUGGCCAGCAUGGAGGCGCUGACCAUCUGGGAGCAGCACACGGCCACACUGUGCAAGGACCCCCGCCGGGGCUUCGGCAUAGCCAUCUCCGGAGGCCGGGACCGUCCCAGUGCRCCCGGGGGAUCCGUGGUGGUGUCUGACGUGGUGCCCGGAGGGCCGGCCGAGGGCAGGCUGCUGACGGGCGACCACAUCGUGAUGGUGAACGGGGUCUCCGUGGAGAGCGUCUCGUCCGCCUUCGUCRUCCAGAUCCUCCGGACCUGCGCCAAGGUCGCCAACGUGACAGUCAAGCGUCCCCGGAGGGUCCAGCUGCCGGCCACCAAGGCCAGCCCCUCUAGCCCGGGGCACCCGGACUCGGACGAGGAGGACGGGCCUAGGCGGCUGGAGGAGCCUGACCACGGCCAGGGCUACGAGGGUGACUCGUCCAGCGGAUCUGGCCACUCCUGGGGCGAGCGUUCCCGCCGGGCCAGGGCUGGUCGCCGCAGCUGGGCCAGCAGCCGUGGGCGCAGGAGCCCGGGCGGGGGCUCCGAGGCCCCCGGGCUGGCCCUGGUGUCGGGCUUCAAGCGGCUGCCGCGGCAGGACGUGCUGAUGAAGCCCCUGAAGUCGGUCCUGGUGAAGAGGAGGGACAGCGAGGAGUUUGGGGUCAAGCUGGGCAGCCAGAUCUUCAUCAAGCACAUCACCGAGUCCGGCCUGGCCGCCCGGCACCGUGCGCUGCAGGAAGGAGACCUUAUCCUGCAGAUCAAUGGCGUGUCCAGCGAGAACCUGUCCCUGAGCGACACCAGGCGGCUGAUCGAGAAGUCGGAAGGGCAGUUGACUUUGCUGGUGCUCAGGGAUCGGGGGCAAUUCCUGGUGAACAUCCCACCUGCAGUCAGUGACAGUGACAGCUCAGUCCUGGAAGACAUCUCGGACCUCACCUCGGAGCUGUCCCAGGCGCCCCCAUCUCACAUCCCGCCACCCCCCCAGCAGGCGCACAGGCCGCAGAGCCCGGAGGCCAGCCCGGCGGACUCCCCCRGGGAGCACCCGCGGCCUCGGCAGGAAGGGCCGGUGGAUCCCAGGACCUUUUUGGACCGAGACUCGCCCUCGGGGAGCAGCUAUGACCUUUACAGGGUGCCCAGCCACCAGGGCCUGGAGGACCGCGGGUACAGCCCCGACACGCGGGUGGUCCGCUUCCCCAAAGGCGCGAGCAUCGGGCUGAGGCUGGCCGGCGGCAACGACGUGGGCAUCUUUGUGUCAGGGGUGCAGGCGGGCAGCCCGGCCGACGGGCAGGACAUCCAGGCCGGAGACCAGAUCCUGCAGGUGAACGAGACGUCCUUCCGGAACCUGACGCGGGAGGAGGCCGUGCAGUUCCUGCUGGGGCUGCCGCCGGGCGAGGAAGUGGCGCUGCUGAUGCAGCGGAAGCAGGACAUCUUCCAGAAGAUGGUGCAGUCGCGGGUGGGCGACUCCUUCUACGUCCGCACGCACUUCGAGCUGGAGCCGAGCCCGCCCUCGGGCCUGGGCUUCACGCGGGGCGACGUCUUCCACGUGGUGGACACGCUCUACCCAGGCCCUGGGCCCGGUCACCGCGGAGGCCACUGGCUGGCGGCGCGCAUGGGCCGGGAUCUGCGGGAGCAGGAGCGCGGCCUCAUUCCCAACCAGAGCAGGGCCGAGCAGCUGGCCAGCCUGGAGGCCGCGCAGCGGGCAGUGGGCCUGGGCCCCGGCGCCUCGGGGGCCUCCAAUGCGCGUGCUGAGUUCUGGCGGCUGCGGGGUCUCCGUCGAGGAGCCAAGAAGACGACCCAGCGCAGCCGGGAGGACCUGUCCGCCCUGACCAGGCAGGGCCGCUACCCGCCCUAUGAGCGCGUGGUGCUGCGAGAAGCGAGUUUCAAGCGCCCGGUGGUGAUUCUGGGCCCCGUGGCAGACAUUGCCAUGCACAAGCUGACGGCAGAUCUGCCUGGGCAGUUUGAGAUUGCAGAGAGCAUCUCCAGGACCGACAGUCCCAGCAAGAUCAUCAAACUGGACACCGUGAGGGUGAUCGCCGAGAAGGACAAGCAUGCACUCCUAGACGUGACGCCCUCUGCCAUCGAGCGUCUCAACUAUGUGCAAUACUACCCCAUUGUGAUCUUCUGUGCCCCGGAGAGCCGGGCGGCCCUCAAGGCCCUGCGCGAGUGGCUGGCACCCGCCUCCCGCCGCAGUAGCCGGCGCCUCUACGCACAGGCUCAGAAGCUGCGGAAGCACAGCGGCCACCUCUUCACAGCCACCAUCGCCCUGCAGGGUACGAGUGAUGCCUGGUACCAGGAGCUCAAGGCCACCAUCCAGGAGCAGCAGACGCGGCCCAUCUGGACAGCCGAGGACCAGCUGGAUGGCUCCUCGGAGGACAACCUGGACCUGCCUCACCGCGGCCUGGCCGGCAGCUCCGCAGACCUCAGCUGUGACAGCCGUGCCAACAGCGACUACGAGACGGACGGCGAGGGCUGCACAGACGGCGAGGGUGGGCCCCACACGGACGUGGAGGAGGGGCCCCCAGCACCGGCCCUGGCCCGGUCCUCAGAGCCUGUGCAGCUGGACGAGCCCCAGAGCCCGAGGCAUCCUGGGGACAUCCCAGCUCACAGGGGGCCCCAGGUGAACAGCCGCCACCCCCAGGGCCAAUGGCGACAGGACAGCAUGCGGACCUAUGAGCGCGAAGCCCUGAGGAGAAAGUUCACUCGAGCCCGAGACGCAGAAUCCUCCGAUGAGGAGGGCUAUGACUGGGGCCCGGCCACCGACCUGUGA